AUGAACCCCAUAUUUCUAGAGCCCAACUUUGGUGACCCAGGGGCUGCUCGACGAAAACCUCGCAACGAUGCCGCGACUGGAGCUUCCGCCGCGGGUGUCCGCGCUCUCAGCGCGCAAAUGGUAGCUUUCUACUUCCGGGCCCCGAUAAAGGCCUUUUUUCGCACUCGCGUUGAUUAUAUGGCAUUUGCAAGAGCUGUGAACCCUCGUGUGGCAGAAGGCAAAUGGUCCAUCCAUACUACAACGCCCGGCCUCUUGCUUCAUGCCAUCAAGACCUAUGGCUGGCGUUUCAUUCCAAAUCAAGUCUUGCCGCCUUUAAUGGCGAAUGCGGGAGUCGGUGCCGUUUUAUACACAUCCUAUCUUCAAGUACUCGGAGCCCUACAUGAGCCUGUUUCGCAGGGCGUCAAGCGAAUAUGGCCUCCCGCUCCUCCGAUGGCCACCUUCACCGCUGGAUUUGCCGCUGGAACCAUUCAAUCGAUUAUUGCGGCCCCUUUGGAUGCACUACAGGUUCGACUUCAAACUAGCGACAUGCUGGAUGGGCAGUAUCGAAGCAUGUGGCAUUAUGGGCAUCAUAAACUGAAUCAGAUUGGCCUUCGGGGAGUCUUUGCGGGGUGGAGUCUCUCCUUCUUACGAGACUCGCUAGGCUAUGCUGUGUUCUUCUCCGCCUUCGAGUACAUCAAGUCGCAAUCAUACUACUCCUUCAUAACCUGGUACUAUGGGGCGCUGCGUGCCGAGACAGUUGAUCAGUUGCCCUCUCCGGGAUCCAGCGAUCGCGGUGUACCACUCAUUAAGCCACACUAUGCCUUGGAACCAUGCUUCCUCAUGAUGGCGGGUGUGGUGGCCUCGGUGGCCCAACAAACUAUUCAGCACCCACUCAGCCGGAUCCAGGACCUGCACCUUGGCCGGCUAGAGUAUCUCGACCACCAGGCGAGUCUGGACCCUUCGCGGCGGCAAAUGCUGCGGCUGUACUAUCAUGCCUACCAGGAGACCUGGAAACGGUGCCGACGUAAGGCCACGCGGGCCGGGAGUUGGAGGCUGUGGCUCUUCCGCGGGUUUGCGGGGAGUGCACUUCGUCAAGUGCCUAGUACUAGUGCGGGCCUGGUGAUUUUCGAGUUGGUUCGUCGGCGAUAUGCGAGCCUGGCGGACGCAGUGCACAUCCAGAAGGAUGGAUACGAUAUUCUUCUUAAUUAG